GGUUUGAGCAGCUGUCGCGUGGGUUACCGGACCAAGAUCGAUCCCUGAUUCGUGCGCAACCACCAACGCGUUGUGACGUAGCCAGCCAAAGCAUCCACACCCUUGGAUCUGUGAGAACCUGGAGAAAGCACUUUGACAGGACACAUCGAUCAUUCGUCCUAAACUCACACGUUAUAGCACCUAAUCGCAACCAUGUCCGCACCGCCAGUAGAUUACUAUGCCGCCCUCGAGGUUGACCCCAAGGCAACACAGGAGCAAAUCCGCACCGCCUACAAGAAACAAGCACUGAAGCACCACCCCGAUCGUGUCCCUGCCGACUCUCCCGAGCGCACAACCCGCACCAGAAAGUUCCAACAGAUCAACGACGCCUACUACACCCUCUCAGACCCAACAAGACGAAGAGACUACGAUGCCACAAGACGCUACCACGGAUUCGGUUCCGGAUUUGGCUCGGGCUUCGGUGGCGGCUCAAGCUCCAACACAGCUCCUCCAGGCGGAUACGGAGAUCCAGAGGAGGAGAUCCCUAGACCAGAGCCUGGUAGCCAGCAAGGAGCUGGUUUCAGCUUCCCAUGGAGCGCCUUUGGUUUCGGUGGCCAGGCAAAGACGGAAGAAGAUGCGAACAAGUUUAGCAGCGAACAGUUCGGCAACGUCUUUGAGGAGAUGCUCAGGGAGCAAGGUAUGGCUGAGGGCGAAAACAACUCACCCACUGGCAGAUUCUGGUCCAUGAUCGGUGCAGUCAGCGGAGGCGCAAUGGGUUUCAUCAUCGCCAACGCUCCAGGUGCCAUUGCAGGCGCAGUAGCCGGCAAUAGACUCGGUGCUGUCAGAGACAACAGAGGCAAGAGUGUAUACUCUGUCUACCAAGAACUGGACCAGCCAGCAAAGAUGCGCCUGCUUAGCGAGCUGGCAACCAAGGUUUUCGCUCACGCCAUUAGCUGAGCGGCUGUAAUAUCAUGAAGUUUAUGACUGGUUAAUUGGCUUGGUCUCACGUGGUUUUUGGAGAGGACGGUCACGACGCAUGCAAUACCCCUAUCAAUGA